ACAUUUCUGCCCCUGCACCGCUUUCAGCUCUCGUCUCCUUCAUAUAUUUUUUAUUUUCUACGAUCAGUAGAACGGCGAAGAGCCGUUCGUUCCCAUAAAUAAAGAAGAGAAGCUUUGCGUCUUCAUCUCCGUCGCUUCUUCAAAUUCUACGAUUUCAAAGAUGGAAACUGAGUAUCACGGUGAUGUUUCCAAAGUCAGCGAACCCACAACUACUGGACAUGAUGAUGUUACCCUGUGCCAAUCCGAACCAAGUGUUUGUUCUGAAAGCAAACCUAGCGAGGUUGUCAGGAAUCUGCAGAAUAAUACAUAUAUUUAUAGGCAAGAUGUUGUAAGGGGCAACAGUAGUGGUAGGAUUGGGAUCGUGACUGAAGUUGCGGGCGACAUGGAUUCCGAUAGCAGCAUUACUGAUGACGAAGAUGACGAUGACGACGACGAUGACAAUGACAAUGAAGAGGCUGGUGUAAAUGAGGAAAGUGGUACUGAUGGCAAUGAUAAUGGUAAUAGGAGUGGUGACAGUAACAGAAGUGAUAACAAUGAUAAGAGUGGUCCUCUUCCAGCUGAUCAGGUUCGAGUGCUUUGGAUGGACGACUCUGAGACAUCACAAAAUCUUAAUGACGUCAUAGUUGUUGAUAGGGGAUUUUUACAUGGGGAUUUCGUUGCUGCUGCUUCAGACCCAACGGGUCAAGUGGGUGUUGUGGUUGAUGUCAAUAUUUCUGUUGAUUUAUUAACUAAUGAUGGAUCUAUUCUUAAAGAUGUCUCAUCUAGAAACGUGAAACGCGUAAGAGAUUUUGCUGUGGGUGAUUAUGUAGUCUUUGGUCCCUGGUUAGGUAGAGUUGACGAUGUCUUGGAUAAUGUGACUGUGUUAUUUGAUGAUGGUUCUGUGUGUAAAGUUAUGAAGGCUGAUCCGCUGCGCCUGAAACCAGUUGGGAAGAAUAUCCUUGAAGAUGGGCAUUUCCCUUACUAUCCCGGCCAGCGUGUAAAGGCAAGCUCUUCAUCAGUUUUCAAGAAUUCUAGGUGGCUAACUGGCUUGUGGAAAGCUAACCGGUUGGAAGGUACAGUAACUAAAGUUUCAGUUGGCUCAGUCUUUAUUUAUUGGAUAGCAUCUGCUGGAUAUGGGCCUGAUUCUUCUACUGCACCGGCUGAAGAGCAGAGUCCGAAGAACUUAAAGUCACUUUCUUGUUUUGCGCAUGCAAAUUGGCAAUUGGGUGAUUGGUGUCUUCUUCCAUCACCUGUAUUAUCGUCCUCCAUUUCCAUGGACAAGGGUUUGUCAACAAAUGAUGAAUUGGUUUGUAUUCAAACAAGACUUGAGUGCGAUUCGGAAGUUGUCACUGCAGAGGAAUCAACUGGGAAUUGUGGAUCCAUGGACAUUGAAAUGGAGGCUGCAUUUGAUGGAAAUAACGAAAAUACAGAAAUUAAUGCCUCACAAGAAUCCAGUUCAUGCAGUAGCUCAUUGUCAGUUUCAAAGGAGCCUGUCCAUGAACCGUGGCCUCUUCAUCGCAAAAAGAUCCGUAAAGUUGUGGUUCGGAGAGACAGGAAGGCUAGAAAAAAAGAGGAAAAUUUUGAAAGGGCCCUUCUAAUUAUCAGUACUAAGACAAGAGUUGAUGUGGCAUGGCAGGAUGGAACAACAGAGUGCGGACUUGAUUCCACAACUUUGAUUCCAAUUGAUAGCCCUGGUGAUCAUGAAUUUGUUGCAGAACAGUAUGUAGUGGAGAAGGCCAUUGAUGAUAGCAAUUGCACCAGUGAAGUUAGGCGUGUUGGGGUUGUGAAAAGUGUUAAUGCGAAAGAACGGACAGCAUCUGUUAGGUGGUUAAAGCCAGUUGUCAGAGCAGAAGAUCCCCGAGAGUUUGAUAAGGAGGAAGUGGUUAGCGUCUAUGAGCUUGAGGGUCAUCCGGACUAUGACUAUUGUUAUGGGGAUGUAGUUGUUCGGUUGUCACCUGUUUCUGUAAAUACACAAACAGCUUCUCCUGGGAGCUCAGUUGAGGAAUCACAGCAGCUGACUGAUCCAAACGAGGUUAAAAGAGAUCUGAAAAUUUCGGAAUGUAAGAAAGAGGGUGCAUCCAUUGACGAAGCUUGUACAGGCUUCUCAGAUCUUGGUUGGGUUGGGAAUAUUACUGGUCUAAGAAAUGGUGAUAUCGAAGUUACAUGGGCUGAUGCGAUGGUUUCAACGGUUGGGCCUCAAGCAAUUUAUGUUGUUGGUCGUGACGACGAUGAUGAGUCAAUUGCUGCUGGAAGUGAAGUUAGUGAUGAUGCGGCUAGCUGGGAGACAGUUGAGGAUGAUGAGAUGGAUGCCCUUGAGAACACAAAAGAGGAAAUUGGGCAACAAAAUGCUACUGACAUCAGUUCUGGGUCAGAAGAGAGCACAAUGGUUGGAGAAAGUUCUGGAAGGAAUGGAGCACUGUCUAUUCCCUUAGCUGCACUUGGAUUUGUAACCAGACUGGCCACUGGAAUAUUUUCACGAGGAAAAAAACACUUGGAUCCAUUAAGUUUGGAUUCUAGUGAAAAGGAACUUCAGUCUCAGGGGAUUCUCAACUUCUCUGAGAGAGGAGAUUCUGGAGAUGAGUCUAGCUUUCAUAAGCCUAAUGAUGCUGAUAAUUUUGGAGCACAAACUUCUGAUGGAAAAGGAGAUGAACAUGCUGUUGCAGAGGGCACAGGUUUAUUGGACGUGGCAGAAGCUCAAAGCAACAUGGAGCAUGAAGCUACAAAUAAAGAUGGCACUUCAGCAAGCUCUGAGGAUCGCUCUUCCAGUUUCAAAGGAUUUGAUAUUACUAAAGAUCCUUUGGACCAUUAUUUUCUUGGUGCAAGUAGACAGAAUAAUGCUGGAAGGAAGUGGCUCAAGAAGGUUCAAAAUGAUUGGAGUAUCCUUCAGAAUAAUCUUCCUGAUGGGAUUUUUGUACGUGUUUACGAAGAUCAAAUGGAUCUCUUGAGGGCGGUGAUAGUUGGAGCAUAUGGGACACCUUACCAGGAUGGCCUUUUCUUCUUUGACUUUCACCUUCCACCAGAGUAUCCUGACGUUCCACCGUCUGCAUACUAUCAUUCUGGUGGGUGGCGAAUAAAUCCAAAUUUGUACGAAGAAGGCAAGGUGUGCCUUAGCCUUUUAAAUACCUGGACUGGCAGAGGAAAUGAAGUCUGGGAUCCUUUGUCCUCGAGCAUCCUUCAAGUACUUGUUUCACUCCAGGGGCUCGUGCUAAAUUCCAAGCCAUAUUUCAAUGAAGCUGGGUAUGAUAAGCAAAUUGGAACGGCUGAGGGAGAGAAGAAUUCGUUGUCCUAUAACGAGAAUACAUUCUUGCUGAACUGCAAAACAAUGAUGUAUCUUAUUCGAAAGCCCCCUAAGGACUUUGAAGAGCUUGUUGGAGAACAUUUCAGGAGGCGCGGUUAUUACAUCCUCAAGGCCUGUGAUACUUAUAUGAAAGGCUUUUUAAUCGGCUCUCUUACAAAGGAUGCCUCUCUAAGUGAUAAGAGCAAACCGAACGCAAAUUCAGUUGGUUUCAAGCUAAUGUUGGCUAAGAUUGUUCCGAAGCUUUACUUGGCGCUCAAUGAAAUUGGAGCUGAUUGUCACGAGUUUAAGCAUCUGCAGCAAUCAUAGUAGUGGUCUUUACGGGCCAACCUCAAAACUUCUUCGUCAAGCCAAAGAGCCUGAACUUUUGGAACAAAAUUACAGGGUCUACCGACUCUGCUACGUCGCACGAAAUUUCACAGCAUUUAACACAGCAGACUGGGAAUGGGCACACUUCAUUAUCUUGAAUUUGGAUUCUAACCUCUAUUUUUUUUUUCUCUCAUCUUUGGGGUUUAAGAAGGCAGUUGGGGUAUUGCAUUGGCUGUUCAUUUUUUGUUUUUUUAUAAGUAACUUAUCUCUUUCAUUCAGAAUGGAUGUAUCAAUUUUUUGUCGAAGUACAUUCCAAAUUCUUUUAUGGCAGUUUGUUGUAUCUUUUAUAAACGUUGUUGUACAAAUGGUACUUCACAAAGAACUUGCGCAUUGCACUUUCUUGCAUUCAAA